AAGCCACUCAAGAGGCGGAGGCUGAGGCGCCGGCGCACGAAGCCGGCUGGAAGGAGGGGAGCAGGGAGGGAGGCAGGGAGGGGUUGGCGCCGCUGCCGUGCCGCCAUGGCCGCCUCGCCCGCCGCCGCCUGGUCCUGGCUCCGCUGGGGCCCCUGGUUGCUGCUCCUGGCCUCCCCCCCGGCCUCCUCGUGGGGCAGCCCGGCGGAGGAGGGCGGCGGCGGAGCGAGGGCCGCGGGAGGAGGAGGACGGGAGGCCGACCCCGGCGGGGCCCAGGCCGAUGAGCAGCAGCACCACGACUCAUCCUACGGCACUUUCGCCAGCGAGUUUUACGAUAUGCGUUUCCUCUCCGAGGAGGGCUAUCCCUUUCCUACUGCCCCUCCAGUGGAUCCAUUUGCAAGAAUUAGAGUGGAUGACUGUGGAAAAACGAAAGGCUGCUUUAGGUAUGGUAAACCAGGAUGUAAUGCAGAAACUUGUGAUUACUUUCUCAGUUAUCGCAGAAUAGGAACUGAUAUAGAGUUUGAGUUGAGUGCUCAGACAGAUGGCUGGGUGGCCGUAGGAUUUUCUUCAGAUAAGAAAAUGGGCGGAGAUGAUGUCAUGGCUUGUGUUCAUGAUGAUAAUGGAAGAGUCAGAAUACAUCACUUCUACAAUGUUGGUCAAUGGGCAAAAGAGAUCCAAAGGAAUCCUGCAAGGGAUGAAGAAGGUAUUUUUGAAAAUAAUCGUGUAACAUGUCGAUUCAAGCGUCCUGUAAAGGUUCCCAGGGAUGAAACAAUUGUUGAUCUUCAUCUGAGCUGGUACUAUUUAUUUGCUUGGGGGCCAGCAAUUCAAGGUUCUAUAACUCGGCAUGACAUAGAUUCUCCUCCUGUCUCAGAGAGGGUGGUCAGUAUUUACAAGUAUGAAGACAUUUUUAUGCCAUCAGCUGCCUAUCAGACCUUCUCUUCUCCAUUCUGCUUGCUGCUUAUCGUUGCACUGACAUUUUAUUUAUUGAUGGGAACUCCAUGAUGAGAAAUACAGCACAUAGAGUAAACUGAGACAAUUUGUUAUUGAGCUUUGCUCAGGAUGGGAGCCUUUUAUAUUAGAAUUUUUAUUGCUGGAAACCUUGUAAUUUAUUGACAGCUUCUGCUCCUUAAAGGACAAAAUUGUGAGCUCACUGUUGCCUGAGCCAUAGAUAUGUGCCAAAUAAUCAUGACAUUUUGAAACAAUUGUAAUUGACUGAACACUUGUAAAAGAGUUAUACCAUAGCUUGUUUUAUGAAAAUGGAGGUUGUGUUCCUAAAAGCACUUAUUAAGGAGUAAUGUUUCAGACAUAUUCAGAGUAAAUCUGCACAGGACAGCAUUAUAUAAAACUGUAGUAGAAAACAUCUGACCUGUGGGCACAAUCCAGCUCAUGAAUUUUCCCCAUCUGGCCUGAAAUCAAGCCCACCCUUCCGUUUGCCUCAUCUUCUGAAGUCAUGCCUUUAGGGGUUUUCUGGAAAGAAAACUCUUCCUGAUUUUGCUACUUCGCCCUUGUCCACAUAUACACAAGUGAGAAUACGUAUAAAAUUGUUCAUACGAUUGGUUGGUGUUCAUGAGCAAUUGUCAGAAUUUGUAACUACUCUCCCUAUUCCCUAUCUAGAGUGGAGGAAGGGGUCAGGCAAACUGUUCUUAGCCAAUAUUUGAAGUUGCUAGGUAGGGGCAAAUUGCUUCUUUUCAUACAGCUAAUGAGGAGCUGGAAUGAAACAGGAUUAUCUGGCACUUGUUUUAAUUAGGAGCAACCCAACUUAAUCCCUUGUCCUUCCUUCCUGCAUAGAGGAGGAGGAGGAGGAAGGGCAAAAUUGUUACCCUGCUGAACAUCAGGAGGAAGAGAUUGGGACCUGAUGAUGUCAUGAAGCAGGCCAAGUCCCCUAAUGCAUUUGGCACAAAGAGGAUCCAGUCCCCACAUUUUAGAUCUCAAGCUCUAAUUGUAAAGCUGUGGGUAGGAUCUUGAUAUACAGGUGGCCCUCUAUAGUCAUGAAUUCUGCAUCCAUAGAUUUUGCUAUCCAUGCUUGAAAAACAUUUCUUUAAAAAUCCAAAAGGCACACCCUGAUUUUGUCAUGUUAUAUAAGGGACAUCAUUUUACUGUGUCACUGUAUAUACUGGGACUUAAUCCACCAAUUUUGGUUUCUGUGGGGGUCCUGGAGUCCCACUCCUAUGGGUACUAAGGGACCACUGAGAAAUGUGUACAAUUGUCAGCCAGCAGAGAAGGGUCCAUCUGUUAAUGGGUUAAUUCCUGUUGCUAUCUGCCUAGUCUAGCUAGCAACAGACAAGCUAGAAGUAAUGCAGCAAAAACACUGCAUUGCUUAAAAUGAACCUACAAUAGUCCCCAUCUUUUGCUGCUUCAGUUCUUCUUAUGUUACCCAGGAGAAGUCUUAUGUCUGUUCCACUUUAUGUGGCCUUAUUUCUUCAAUUUAAAUCCCUAAAAUACUCAUUUGAUUUAGGAAAGGAGGGUCAUACACUGAUGAGCAAGAAUAAUGAUAAUAAUAGCUUUAUUCUUAUAUCCCACCACCAUCUUCCCGAAGGGACUUGGGGCAGCUUACAUGGGGACCAAGCCCAGCAUAAAGAAGGACUACAAGGUAAAACACAAUUUAAAACAUAGAACAAAUAAACAAUCUAAUUAAAACAAUUAUAACCAGAAAAGUAAAAACCUCAUAAGAAAUACAUAAUCAACCGACAUCAACAACCAGUAGCCGGAAAAAGCGGGUAUGUUCAGUUUCAAGAGGGCAGGCAAGGGCUUGUGCAAAACGUAGACUAUAGGGCUGGGGUUGGAAGCAAAGUGCUGAAAAAAACAAAACAAUAACUUAGGGCUGGGCAGGACUGAUCGGGAGCUAAAUUGCCAUUCAAAAGCACAUUGGAAUAUCCAAGUUUUCAAGUCUUUACGGAAGGUGGACAGAGUAGGGGCUAAUCUAAUCUCCCUGGGAAGAGAGUUACAGAUCCAGGCGCCACCACCAAGAAGGCUCUCUCAUCUCCACCAACCAUGCUUGUGACAGAGGGCAAGGCCUCCCUGGUAGAUCUUAGAGCUUGCGCUGGUUUGUAGGGGAAAAUACAGUCAUGAAGAUAAACGGGACUCAAAUUGUUUAGGGCUUUAUAGAUAUUAACCUGCACUUUGAAUUGGGACCAGAAACUUAUCGGCAGCCUGUGGAGCUGCUUCAGUAGAAGUGUUGUCCUCUUCCUGUAACUAGCUCCAGUUAGCAACCUGGCUGCCGACCUUUGCACCAUUUGCAGUUUACGGGCCAUCUUCAAAGGCAGCCCCAUGUAGAGUUUGUUGCAGUAAUCCAAGAAAACCUCACAAGGGAGGGACAUUUCAAUUUUAAUAUUGUAUCUUCCGAGAAUAUGUAAUGGUAACACUCUGUAUCCUAUUUUUCAUCUCACAUUCACAUUAAGAGAUUCCUCAGAGAAGCUACUCUCCUAAGUCCCCUUGUGAUUCAUAGAUUUCUCUCCUGGGACUUCCACAAAGUUCUCAAAGCCCUAUAUAUGUAAGUCGCCCUUUAGACCAUUGAUCUGUUCCACUCAGGUUGCCACAGAAGGAUUUCAGAGCUCACUGCCCUGUCCGUUACUCUACCUCACUGUAAAUAUGAUACUAACCCAGUUUCUCUGUGGCUCGAUCCAGGUUUCCUACCCAAGAUAUCUAGGGUUCCAUCUUUUUCAACUUAUAGUACUUCUUUCAUUCUGUCCUCAUUCAAAACACUCCUUGAAAAAACAAUGGUAUAGGCUAUGUAAAACUCUGGAAGUUCUUGAAAUUGAAAUCAAGCUCACAACAAUAAUUCGCUGGAGGCAACUGACUUAUUUUGUCUUUCCACAAUCACUGAAUAACAGUACUAGUGGAUUUCCUACUCAAAACACCCUGUGAUGUAACAGCCCAACUCGCAUCCGCCCUCUAGUAGCCAAACACUAUCCACAGUCUGUUAACUGCAAUUCCUAAUUCCUUCCCCCCACCUCCCUUUAUGCCAGAGAACCGAAACAGCCAGCUCCAGGCUGCUAUGGUGAUCCUGAUAGAAUACAUAUUAUAAUGUUUUAGGUACACUAGGGAAUUCAGAAAAUUGGGGCUCCUCUUUUAAUCCUUUCUUCUCAGCUCACUAGGAAUAAUGGUGCCAUCUAUUAUAUUAACCAGAUGGAUCAUAGCAUGCAUCCAUAUCGGUUGUCUUUUCUACUAAUGCAUUUGUAGAGGAAAUUACACAGCAGCCACAUUGGCAAUUGUAGUCAUGUUCAGUAACCAUUAUAAACAAGAAACAUUUUCCUCACUCAGAGCCUCACUUAGUAGAAGGGAUCUGCGACAAGUAAUACAACAUUAAAACAUGUUCUUGCCAUCUCCCACCCUAAUGUACAUGUCUGCUCGGGGAGAUUCCAUUACCAGAUGGCUCCUUUGCUGGCUGUUAAGACUUCUUGGCAAGAAGUUUCCUUCUCCUUGGCAGUGAGAUCUACGAAAGAACUGAAGCAGGAAAUGAGAAUGGCUAGAGGUUCCAUUUAAGUAACACAAUAUCUUGCCUAGUCUGGGUGGCAACAAUAGUUAACCCAUUUAUGAAUUGUCCCUUUCCCUUGGCAAGAGUGAUGGUAAGUUCUCCAAUGUGCUAUUCUGCUCUCUAACUGUAAAUUGUUUUUAAUUUAAUAUAUAUCAUGUUAAUAAGAUUAUUAAGGUAAUUUGCUGACAUAAUAUAUUUUCUAAGUCUAAAGGAAGGGCCUUAAAUAUUGUGGGUAAUUGUAACUGCAAAAGACACAUUAAAUCACUGGAAUUUAAAUGUAUAUUGACUUGCCAUUCAAUACUAAGUGUACUUGGGAAUAUGAAUAAAAUUGAUAAUGGGAUCA